AUGGCUCGGGCUCAGAGCAUGACAAACGAGGAAAAGGUCUUCAGGCACAAGGGGAUCCUGUAUCCCACUAUCAUGAGCCCUGUAGAAAAUCUGGAGGCCCUUAAGACCCUGGAGGCGCGACAAGAGGAUGUGGUGCUGGUGGCCUACCCAAAGUGUGGAUUUAACUGGAUGGAGAGUGUUCUACAAAAGAUCAUGACAACAGCUACAGGAAAGAUAUUCGUGCUGGCCCCUCCUCAUAUGGAGUUUAUGUCUCCAGAUAAGCAAAAGGCGUUAGCACAAGAGGCUUCUCCCAGACUAAUGGCUACUCAUCUGCAUCCCGAUGAGAUGCAUCCCUCAUUCAGAGAGAAGAAAGCAAAGACCUUGGUAAUGUGGAGGAACCCUAAAGACACGCUGGUCUCAUUCUAUCACUUCAUGAACAAGAACCCAGUGCUGCCCAAUGUGGAGUGGGACAAGUUCUUCUCAGACUUCAUGAGUGGAGAAGUAAUAUAUGGCUCCUAUUUUGACCAUGCUGAAGCCUGGGAGAAGCUCUUCAAUGACCCAACUGUGAAGAUGAUCACAUUUGAGGACAUGAAAGAAGACUUGACUAGGGGCAUCAGAGAUGUCUCGCGGUUCUUUGGCUUCAGCCUAACUGAGGAGCAGAUCCAAACCAUCUCCGGUCAAAGCACGUUUGGUGCCAUGAAGGAGAAUGCCAACAACACCCAUGGCAAACUCAGCAGUGUCACAUUCCGUAAAGGUGAAGUGGGCGACUGGAAGAACCACUUGAGUGAGGCCCAGAGCCAACAGAUGGAUGAGGAGUUCAACAAGAGACUAGCAGGAACCAAACUGGGGGCCCUGCUCAGAUACGACUCCCACUGCAAGUAGGGAGCUGUAACACAGAUCAAUUCUUACCUGUACCUUG